UAGUGAGAAGAGCUUUUUAGUCUAGUCUAGAGAAUAAAUAAACAUUACAUAAAGUGACAAAAAAAUGGCUAAGGACUUGAGGCAUAUACUUGCUGGGUGUCUCACAGCUUCUAUGCUUCUCAUGCUCUGCAACAUGAUCAAGAAAGACCACAUUGAUCCCCUUAUUUUGGGAGAUAUCUCAGUAGAGGCCAGCCAAACAGAUGACAGCGCUUCAAAACGUUACCUUGCAACAAUAAAUUCCGAGAGCCCUAACCUUUGGGGAGUAAACAAUGAAGAUGACCUAAAGCCUUGUUGGAGAAAAUAUAUUAAUCAUCUGAAACCGCAACAAUCAAGGGGUUAUAUCUUUUUAACUUUGGCUCAAGAUCCUGAGUAUCAUUUGGCACAGAUUGCUGAUGCUGUUGUUGUUGCUAAACACCUUGGAGCUACACUUGUCCUUCCAAACAUAAAAGGAAAUGAACCAGGAAAGAAAAGGAAGUUUGGUGACAUCUAUGAUGUGAAGAAGUUUGUUGAAAGCCUGGAUAAGAAAGUGCCUCUAGUUGUGGAUCCUCAAGCAACAGAAAUAUCCAACCAAAAGGUUAACAAAGUGAGUGUUCCUAACAUGGUUUCCAAAGAGUUCAUCAGCUCAAAAGUUGAGCCAGUAUUCAAGAGCACACCAAAUAUAAGGAUUGCCACUUACUUCCCAUCAUCAAUGGAACAAACAAGAAAACUAAAUCCAUAUGCAUGCUUGGCUGUGUUUGACACCCUGAAGUUGAGGCCGGAAUUGCAAGAAUCUAUAGACUCGAUGGUUCUAACACUCAGAAGUCUCAGCUCUCAUUCACAUGGCCGAUUCAUCGCGGUUGAUUACAGGGUGGAAAGUCUACCCGAAGGCGGUAGUAAGUGUCCUGACAGUGAAACUGCAACCCAAAACUGCAUUGAUGCCAAUGAUAUAGUUUUGUAUUUACAAAAGAUCGGUUUUCCCAGAGAAACAACCAUUUACUUGACACUAAAUGGGUGGGAUUCAAGCCUUGAACAUUUCCGGAAAGCUUUUCCCAACACUUACACCAAGGAUGUAAUCAUCCCUUCGAACGACAAGUCAAAGUUCUUGGAUCCUGAACAUCCUGAACUCAGACAGAUUGUGGACAUAUAUAUAUCUUCAAUGGCAGAUGUUUAUGUACCAACAUCAUCAAACAUGUUUAGUGACAACGUUGUGGCAAGGAGAAUCGCAGCUGGAAAGACCCGAGUUCUUGUGCCAGGCAAGGGAUCAUCAGACUCUGCAGAUGACUAUGUUCCUGCCUACAUAUCCAUGAAAAGGCAUUGGGCAUAUUCAUGCUUUUGUUGAUCAAAUUAACUAAGUCAAAAUAAUGGAUGGUGGAUAAGGUGAUGAAUAAGGACAGAAAGUCCAAGAAACUAUCCAUCUAUCUACCACCUAGUAAGUUGAUAACAGUUAUAAGGGUCAAGUGUGAACUCUUGUGAAAUGUCCAUAUGCACCUAAGUUUGAUUGUUUUUUUCAACAUGCGUGUUGUUCAGAAAGUAUUUCAUUGAGUUAAUUAGAAUGCUUCAAUUCAAUAUAGUUCCAAAAGCCUUCAAUAUUGCCAUUAUUUGACACCCACCAGGCUGCAAUGGUUGCAAAACUCAUAUACGUAUAUAGAUGUGUGAUGUGUCAGUGGCGGAGCUAGAAUUGCCGUAUCAGGGUAUGAAGCUUGAAAUGAUUAUACUUGGGAUAUUCCUCCCAAAAUU